UGUGUUGUGUAGGUACUAGAACAGGGGUCUCCAAUCUUGGUCACUUUAAGACUUGUGGACUUCAACUCCCAGCAAAGCUGGCUGAGGAACUCUGGGAGUUGAAGUCUUAAAGUGACCAAGGUUGGAGACCCUGUACUAGAAGCAACCUUGUAUCAUACAUAUCCAAAAUCCUAAUUCAGUUAAUUAUAGUCAACCCGUUGGACAAAUAAAUCAUUUUUUUCUGGGAAAAUCCUACAGAAUUAAUGUCUUUGCUCAUUCAAGGACUCAGCAACUUGAGCCCUUAGAGGCCUACAAACAACUUCUUUCUUGCAGCCCACAAACCACUGUUGAUCAAAGUUGCCAGAAACUGAAGUUACGAUUUUUGAGGGUGGGGGACAAAAAGUGCUAUCUACCCUAGAGCAGGUCCACAAGUCUUAAAAGAGCCAAGUUUGCAGACCCCUAUCCUAGAGUAUCAUCUUAAUUAUCAAUAAAGCAAAGAAACAGCUACUAAACUCUUGUUGGUACCUAUUGUAUAACUUAAGACAUUUACAACAUUAAAUGCAAUUCUUGGCCAAUAAAAUAUUGCCUACUUGCUUAAGAGUUCCACAAGACUUACUGAAGUAGCACACAGGUGAUUCCAAUGCCCCAAUUUUAAUGAAAGAACACUUAAUUCUCUUCUCAGAUAAAGCGGUCCAUACCUCAUUCAGCUGCUUGGAGUUAUUCAGGCUUUAAGGUAGAAAGAUAAUGGCUGCAGUUGACUUUCUUUUAGAAUAGCAAUUUUUAACUUCUCUCUACUCUAAAAGGGUUUUAACUCAGUGACUGAACAAGAAACAGGAGGAUUCAAUUUCUUGUUAAUUUACUCAGUACUAUUAGAAGCCAUCCAUGGAUGGGGAAUUCUCAUUGGAAAGCUACCUAGAUGAGUGUUCAAGCCAGGAUGAUCUUCUAUCAAAUAGCCCUCAAAUGUAUUCUCCCAUGAGUCCCUUUGAAUCAGAUUUGCCUAUUGCUGUCAUUCCGGGCACAUUGUUUAUUCCUCAGCCUGACCAAGGCAAAGACUUUUCUUCAGUAGAUCUCAGCUUCCUGCCAGAUGAUUUUGGACAAGAUGGCAAACAUGAAAGCAACAACAAUAACAACAUGCUGGAAGACUAUCAAGGACCUCAGCUGGGAAUACAAGACAAUAGAAUCUUCUCAGACGACAGUGGGGGGUCCCAACAGAGGGAUGAAAACGCAAUUCAGCCAUCGUCUGAUUUUUCUGGGACCUGUCGCUCCAUGGCCCCCAUAACUCCCAUGACUCCUGUGACCCCUGCUCCAGAAGCUUCUGGCAUUGUCCCACAGUUACAGAACAUAGUAGCCACUGUAAAUUUGGCUUGCAAAUUGGACCUAAAGAAUAUAGCCCUUCAGGCCAGAAAUGCAGAAUAUAAUCCAAAGAGAUUUGCUGCUGUAAUUAUGAGAAUUAGAGAACCAAGAACAACUGCCCUUAUAUUUAGUUCCGGCAAAAUGGUGUGCACAGGAGCUAAAAGUGAAGAGCAGUCACGUCUGGCAGCCAGAAAGUAUGCUCGCGUGGUACAGAAGCUCGGGUUUCCUGCAAAAUUCCUGGAUUUCAAAAUACAGAACAUGGUAGGCAGUUGUGAUGUGAAAUUUCCCAUCCGCUUAGAAGGAUUAGUUCUAACUCAUCAACAAUUCAGCAGUUAUGAACCAGAGCUGUUUCCUGGGCUUAUCUACAGAAUGGUCAAACCAAGAAUUGUACUGCUUAUUUUUGUGUCUGGAAAAGUUGUUUUAACUGGUGCCAAAGACCGUUCUGAAAUAUAUGAAGCAUUUGAAAACAUAUAUCCAAUUUUAAAAGGUUUCAAGAAAGUAAUUUAA